GCCACUGUCUUCCAACAUCACUACAACAUCACCACGGUGCAGAACGGGCACCCCAGUGAUAUGUGGGAGCACCCGCUGGUACCCACAGUCAGCCUCUGCUUUCCCCAGAAGCUUUGGAAGAUCUUGGAGAGCGACCAGUUUCGGUCCAUCUGGUGGAGUGAGGGAGGACAAUGCGUGGCCAUCAAUGAAGUUCUCUUCUCAGAGGAGGUGCUGGGCAGGGUUUUUGCCACACAGAAGAUGGGGUCUUUCAUUCGGCAACUGAACAUCUAUGGGUUCACAAAAGUACAGCCGGACUUCCAAAGAUCUGCCUCCCUGCCUGAAUUCCUGGCUGAGGAAGCAGCAGCCUCUUCUCACAGCAAGGUACAGUACUACUACAACCCCAGCUUUAACAGAGAGCAUCCCCAGCUGCUGGAGCAGUGCAAGAGGAGAGUUGACAUCAAAUGGAAAGCACCUCCACAUGCCAAGCGACGGGCUGAAGCACCUCCUGGCCCCAGCACUGCCCAUCCAUCU